AAUAGUCCUACAUCAAACUUGAGCCAUGAAUGAAAUGAAGCAAAUGGCGAACUGGGUGAUAGUGGAGCUACAGAGAAAAUCCCCAAACUGGACCAAAGUAGUCGAAGACAUAGUGAGGAUAGAGAAAAAGAUCUUCCCAAAGCACGAAUCACUUGCUCGAUCCUUCGAUGAAGAACUGAAGAAAAGGAACAGUGGAUUGCUUUACUCGGAGAUCGACGGUGGUGAUGUUGCUGGCUAUGUCAUGUAUUCUUCUCCAUCUUCACUCUCUGCUUCCAUUGCAAAACUCGCAGUGAAGGAGAAAUGUAGGGGUCAAGGCCAUGGAGAGGCACUACUGAAAGCAGCGAUUCAGAAAUGCAGAACUAGGAGUGUCCACCGCAUAUCACUUCAUGUUGAUCCCUCAAGAGCUCCAGCCAUGACUCUCUACAAGAAACUUGGUUUUCGAGUUGAUAAUUUGAUAGAAGGUUACUAUUCUCCAGAUCGAAAUGCUUAUAGAAUGUACUUGGAUUUUGAUGGUAAUUAGAAGAAUGGCGCUUGAAACAUAAAUGCAAAUGUUUACAAAAAUGUGCCUAGCAUUUUGUAUCUGAAAGAAGUCUGAAAAGAAGCAUUUGAUCUGUAAAAUCAUAGAUUAUUGUGUCGUUCAUACCAUUUAUAGUAUCAUUUAGUCAAUAAAUUGAUUGCUUUGAAAAGUAA